AUGAAGGACCCCCGUGCGUCGAAGCGGAGAAGAGUCUCCCAGGAUGAGGAUGGAGAUAUUGAGAUGGGAACAGAAGACGAAGAUAUCUUCGCCGUCCCAUCAUCUCCAGAUAAUGACAGAGCAUCUCCCACGCCUAAAAAAGCAUCCCGGCGUCGAUCUACCAAUGGCGAGAACCAGGAGAUGGAGACACCCCCACGAGCUGGAACACGGACAAGCGGACGACAGCGCAAAACACCAAAGAGAUUUGAAGAAGAAGCCACUACACCCUCUUCGAGGCGCAAGCCAGCAGCUACACCGAGGAGUGGGCGUCCGGCCCGAAGCGCGCAAAAGCCGAAACAAUCUCCUGUGGUAGACGACGACGAGGAGGACGAGGUUGAAGACGAAGACGAUGAUUUCAAGGAUGAAGAUGAGGAUGAAGAUGACGCUGAGAUGGAAGUCGACGAGCCAUCUCCGGAAUUCGCUCCACGCUCUGUUACAAGAACCAGAUCGAGGAGAAGCACUGCGAGACCCAGAUACAACAAAAAGUUAUCCGAUGAGCCGAAAGAAAAAUCACCAUCGCCGGAGUACCAGGACGGUCUGGAUGAUCUUGUGGCGAUGCAACUUCAACAAGACCUUCACGAGAACCAACCGGGAUCGCAGGAUGCUGUUGAGGUUUCUGAGCCUCUGCCGGAAUAUGCGGAGAAAUUCCAAGCUCUCUGUCAGGCCGGUCUCAGGGACGAAGUGCGCCUUCUUUCGACCAUUCUGCUUGAGAAGCUGUCUGGGAAGCGGCAGGUUCCUCUACGAGGACUAGAGCCUGAAUACCAGAAGGUUCAUCAACUAGUUGAGUCGACUGUCUCAGUGGGCGAGGGUAACUCGAUGCUUCUUCUUGGAUCUAGAGGAUGCGGCAAGACAGCGAUUGUGGAAUCGAUCAUCUCAUCUCUCGCUAAGGAGCACAGAAACGAUUUCCACGUUGUCCGUCUCAAUGGCUUCUUGCACACAGAUGACCGUCUGGCUCUACGAGAGAUGUGGCGCCAGCUCGGUCGUGAGACUCACACCGAGGACGAUGCGGCCAAGGUCAGCUCUUAUGCGGAUACGAUGGCGACACUGUUGGCUAUGCUAUCGCACCCAGAAGAACUGUUCGGGGCUUCAGGGGGCGGAGGGGCAACUGCUGCGAAGUCGAUCGUGAUCCUGUUAGAUGAGUUCGACCUAUUCGUCACCCACCCGCGACAGACUCUGCUCUACAACCUGUUCGAUAUUGCCCAGGCGCGUAAAGCACCAAUUGCAGUAAUUGGGCUUACGACAAAGGUCGACGUAACUGAGAUGCUCGAGAAACGUGUCAAGAGUCGUUUCAGUCAUCGAUAUGUCUAUGUCCCGCUCCCUCGAUCCUUCGAGAUCUUCUCAGAUGCUUGUCUGGGAAGUCUGGAUCUUAAUGAUUGUGAAAUAGCGGAUAUCGCAGAUGAACUUGGAACUGAACGUUCUCUGGUAGAGUCAGACAAAUGGAAGACGUUACUCGAGGGGUGGAAAGAAUAUCUGAAGGUAAGAUCUACAUACUCCGACAACAAGCAACUCACUUACAUAUACUCUCGAAAUAAAGCACUUGUGGAACGAAAAAGAUCUCCAAUUCCACCUCAAGCGAAUCUACAACCAAACCAAAUCCACCAAGGAGUUCUUCACCAGUGCCUUCCUCCCUAUCAGCGACCUCCUCCAGAGCGUCUCAGCCGCAGACGCACACACUACCCCCAAGUCCCAACUCCCAAAGCCUUCGCUUCCCAAACCCUCUCAUGCCCCGACCCAGCGCCUCUCCCCUUCUCCACAUCCAUCACAUCAUCCAGUCCCUCCUCACUGCCCCUGGCUCUAUUGGUAGCCGCCACCCGCCUGGCAGCCCUAUUCGACCCCGGAAACGACGGGUCCCAGAGCAUGUCACCACUUGCCCUGUCCUUCCCAGCCGCGUACGCAGAAUACGUCCGGCUGUUGACAUCCGCGAAGACGAAUGCGUCUGUGGGUGGAGCUGCCGCUACGCCUGGCCGUGUCUGGGGCAGAGAUGUGGCGAGGGAAUCUUGGGAGAAGUUGCUUAGUUGGGGUCUUGUUACUCCCGUUGGUAGUGGGAAUGGCACUGCUGAUGGGCAGAUGUUCCGUGUGGAAAUUAGCUUCGAGGAGGUUAUUGAGAUGGCAGGGUCUGGGGGUGCUUUGGGACAGUGGUGGCGCGAAUAG